UUGAUCUGGCAACCAUCCUGUGUCAAUCAUGGAAAACACAGCAAAUACUUACAGCACAAAUGGGACAUUUUUACCUGUGUUUUUAUCAGGAUGGCUUCAACUGAUUGUGCCUGAAGACUGUUUUAACGAAUUUUUUGUCAAAUUAAAUUUUUUACACGUCCAGUGUUUAAAGAUUCUUAUAAGUAAAUGUCUUGGCUACGGGAUCAUAGCUGGGUCAUGCAUAGUGAAAUUACCACAGAUUGUAAAGAUAUUGCAAGCCAAAAAUGGACAAGGCAUCAGUUUAUUAAGUGUUAGUCUUGAACUUGUUGCUAUUUCUGCAUCCUGGGCCUAUGGAAAAGGUCAUCAGUUUCCUUUUUCAGCAUAUGGAGAAGCUUUAUUUUUAGCUAUACAAACAAGCUUGACUGCCUAUCUAGUUCUGUAUUACUCAAACCAGACAGCUAAAGGAUUAGUGUAUGUGUCUUCAUAUGCAAUUGCUAUGGCUUUUCUGUUGUCUCCAUCUGCUCCUACUGGUCUGUUAGCAGUUUUACAAGGAGGAAACAUAUUUUUAGUUUCUAUAAGCAAGAUAAUACAGGCUUUGGCAAACUAUAGGAAUGGUAGUACAGGUCAGCUAUCUGUGAUAACUGUGUACCUGCUGUUUCUGGGGUCAAUUGCUAGGAUAUUCACAUCAAUUCAAGAAACAGGGGAUGCCAUGACCAUUGCAACUUAUUGUGUUUCAUCUUUUUUCAAUGGCAUAAUAGCAGCUCAGUUUAUUCAUUAUUGGAAAGUUAAACAAGCUUAAACAUAAUUAAGAAAAUAUUAUUUUAUUUUACAUUUGAUACCAAAAAAAAAUAUUUUUAAAAUUUUUACUUUAAUUUAUUUUGUUUUAUUUUAUUGAGGGUAAAAACUAAAUAGUGAUGAUUUAUGUCAAAUAAAAAUGAUGUAGUAAGAAAUUACAAGUUCAUUGUAUUUUGUUUACACGUGUUGUAAUAAACUAGUAUCCAUUCA